AACUUCAGGAGGAGGGCGCAGCGCCGCAACAGCUGAUGAGCGUACUUUGAAGGGACUGGAGGACACUGAUAAGUCUACAUUGUCUGACCAGUUAAUGACUAGCAGUAGUAACUUCGUUCGGUAGCGCGUCUGAACGCGACAAGAUGAGUUCAGCACUGACGCGCGCGGUCACUAAGCUCUUGCGAGCAUCGAACGCCGGAGGAGUAGCGAGAAAACUUCACGGCAAACCACCGACGCCCGCUUUGGGUGUCGUCAAGCAAUUGAGCAAACGGUCCAUCGUGAUCGAAGCACAGGCAAAGUCUGCGGAGACGAAGCUUCUCCAGCAGCUCAGGUCUCGAAUAUUGGCGACGGGGCCGAUCACCGUCGCCGAAUACAUGAAGGAAGUCUUGACCAAUCCCAUGUCCGGGUACUACAUGCAUCGGGACGUCUUCGGCAGUUCUGGGGACUUCACGACGUCGCCCGAGAUCUCUCAGAUGUUCGGAGAGCUGGUUGCCGUAUGGUUCCUCAACGAAUGGGUCAAAGCGGGAAAGCCGAAGCCGCUUUACAUUGUGGAGCUGGGUCCCGGACGCGGCACUCUCUCCGAUGACAUGCUGCGGGUGUUCUCCAAGUACAGUGAUGCCAUGGAAGUGGUGUCCUUACACCUGGUCGAAAUCAGCCCGCACCUGAGUCAAAUACAGGAGCUCAAGCUCUGCGGAACUGUUAGCGUGGUGAAGGACGUGUUGGAACAUAACCCAGUCACCCUACGUCUUCCAAUAAAAACUGACAGCGAAGAGGCGACUUACAAGCACAGCAUCACCAAGCAUGGUGUUCCUGUCGGCUGGUAUAGACACUUGCACGAUGUGCCGCACGGAUUCUCAUGUUUCAUUGCCCACGAGUUCCUGGAUGCCCUUCCUGUGCACAAGUUCCAGCGCACUCCUGAAGGGUGGCGAGAGGUUUUCAUAGACCUGGACGAUGGACCAGGCCCACACCAUCUACGCUAUGUGCUUUCUCGUGGACCUACUCCGGCGAGCUUCUUUGCCAAUGUGACGGGUGAAAAACGGGACCACGUUGAAGUCUGUCCAGAGGCUGGCGUUAUUGUCCAGGAGUUGGCGCAUCGCAUGGACGAGCACGGAGGCUGCGGGCUUAUCGUCGACUAUGGGCAUGAUGGCGAUAAAACGGACACUUUCCGAGCAUUCAAGAACCAUGCCCUGCAUCCAGCGUUGUCCGAGCCAGGCACAGCAGACUUGACUGCGGACGUCGACUUUUCUUAUCUGAGGCGAAUUCUCAAGGACAGAGCACUGACAUUUGGCCCCAUUCCCCAGGGAGACUUCCUCAGAAACAUGGGCAUCAACAUACGCCUGGAGAAACUUUUGGCCAACUGUCCUCCUGAGGCACGCCAGGACUUAUUAACGGGCUACGAAAUGCUCACGAAUCCAGAGAAGAUGGGAGAGCGGUUCAAGUUCUUUGGCAUCUUCCCAAAAGACAUGCAGGAGACUCUCAACGCCAAUCCUCCAGCGGGGUUCCUUGCUCCUUCGUAAGAGUCGCAGUCUCACACGGACACUAACGGUGAACUACUUUAGUGGCUGGGUACGUCCGCAUCUGCUGACCCUCUUGGGAGGUGCAUACUUUGCCUUGCAUUACAUUUCGAAAUGUUGAUAUCGGCCACGAUUGGCCUGAUGUUGCGCUACGUUUUGCCAUAAUCGAAUCUUUCAAGAACAGUCCAAUGAAUGCCACCAUUCCAUUGUUGGCCAAAACCAAUCACAGACUGUAGUCGCUGUCUCAGUAUUUGUGUAUGAAAGGGAAAGUUUUACGUCCAACUUAUUAUGCAGAGGACUGCCUUUCCCAACUUAAUGCUUUGACCAUCCAGAUAGCAAACACUGCAGCACAUUUCCAGCUAUGAACAACAGAUAAUGUGAGAGGGCGCAGUCCAAAAGCGUACCUUAUAUAUUUCUUACCUUUUUUUUAAGACACUCCUACAACUGUUCAUGUUCUUUCAAGAGGCAUCCCUAGUGGUCAAGCCAUACGUGGUAUACAGCGUCUUAGUCAUUACAUCUAGUGCCAUGUUGUCGUAUCCCCUAACACCUUCGGGUUGGUAAGGGUGGCAGUGCUUACUGCCUCUGUGUGUUCUCUAAAGUUUCGGCAGGCAUUUACCCUGAAAUACUUUGAAGGAAUGUCCAGUAUCAUUGGUGUUCCACUUAGCAGUGCAUCACGUACUACAUAACUGCAGCAUGUUGCGAUGCCAAAGAAUGGGUCAGCCAGUCAUUUUGUACGCAGCAAGAGGCAGUAAGAAAAUAGUAAUCUUUAAUAUUUUGAGACAUCUUACACUUGGUUCAAUCUCUGUGCGCAGAGUAUAUAUUCCCACUUACCAAGUCAGAAAAAAUAUUAGGUGGAAGUUUUAUAUGACUGUGCAAAAUAAAAACAAAAUGCCUUA